GAAAGGUGAAAGUGCAUAGCAGAGGAGGUUGGAUCAUUUUUGCUAGGACGGAAACCAGUGCAUGGAAUCAAAGAAGAGUGUGUUAUUCUUGUCCCCACUUAAGCCAUACAGUGGAAACCAAACUACCAUUGACAGAAUUAGGCAGUACCUUGAGCCAUUGUACAAUUGCCACACAGAAGACCCUGUUAAUCUCUGUCCACAGAAAACAUUUUCUGAGUUCUUAAAAGUAAAACAAAUAUCUGCAAUACUGGCAGUGCAUGCAUAUCACUCAGGAAUAAUCUUGUUGGACUGCACAGUGCCAUACAUUUUGGUGUUUGGAGGUACAGAUAUCAAUGAAUUUUCCAAAGAUGAAUCAAAAUUUCAGAUUAUGACCCGGGCUGUGCAACAUGCAAAGUUUGCUGUUGCUUUUAAUGACUCCGUGGUAAAUAAAGCCAAAUCAUUAUGGCCUGAUGUUUGCCCCAAAAAGCUUAUUGUGAUACCUCAGGGUGUUUCCACAACCCCUUCCAGUUGUUUCAAUGUCAACCAAUUUCUACAGGAGAACUAUAACAUAAGCUGUGGAGACAGCCCUCUAAGGCUAUUCACUUUGAUUGCUGGGAUAAGACCAGUGAAGGAUGUGACAUUUCUUCUCAAGGAUUUUUCUGCUUGGCAUUUAGAUGAUCACAGUGACUGUUUUUUCCUGAUCAUAGGACCAAUUACGGACAAAUCUUAUCAUAUGCAAGUGGAGUCCAUAAUUGAUAGCUGUAAAGGUGUGCUUCAAAUCCUUGCACUGGAAAAACCAGACUGUCACGCAAUAAUCAGGGAUAGUUUUGCCCUGGUGAAUUCAUCACUUAGUGAGGGUAUGUCAGCAGCUUUAUUGGAGGCAAUGGUCAUGGGUGUCCCAGUUGUUGCCAGAAAUAUACCUGGUAAUGCUGCUGUCAUUCAGCACAGGAAAACAGGGUUUCUGUUCAACACACCUCAGGAAUUUAUAGAGAUUGCACAGGAGUUGCUGCAGGACAGGACUCUGUGCACAGCCAUUGCAACCAGUGCUAAAACUGAGGCAGAAAGGAAAUAUUCUUGUAAGAAGGAAAUGGAAGCUUAUAGAAAACUACUUAAUUCCAUGUAAAGCAAAGCAUCUUUAAUUUUGAUUAUAUAUGAUUCAAAUAUAUUCUGAAUUUUUGAUAAAUAAGGUAAUAAAUGUACAGACACUGUACAAUAUUUUGAUCACUAUUUGCCAAUGCCAUGCUACAUAUCUGUUGUUCACCCUAUACCUGCUUUACCAUAUUUUUUGUUCUUUUUUUAAAUUAAAUGAUUGGCUUUGUUUGGUAAAAUUGCCAGUUCUUUUUAAAAUCAGCAUUAUCAGAUUGUUUUUGUGUAAGUCAUUGAUUUCUUAUAUACAUUUUGGUGACCUUUGCCCCAAUAAGUGCCAGACUAUAUUUCUGUUUUACCUCAAAUUUGCUGAGUGGCUCUGU